AUGGAGUUCUGGCGUCCGCCGCUUCAUUUCCACAUGUGUUUCGAGUUCCUCGUCUGUGAGUGGAGCUCCCAGAGUCACCGUGUUGAUCUGGAGAUUGGAUCGGCGUCUGGUAUAAGAUUUAGAAUGAUCCUCUUACUUCAGAUGGAUACUAGAGGUCAAAAAAAGCAUCGAGUUGCUGGUUUUUCUUCUGAAGCUGAUUUUGUUGAUUUAGAAGAUAGUCAGAGUGAUGAUGUGAUGUAUUCUCAAUAUGUUAAUGAUGAUUCUUUUGGUGAUAAAUCAAGUUCUGAUGUUGAGAUGUUAUCUGAGUCCAAGAAGCAGAAAUCUUCAAAUGCUUCGUCUGAUGGGUUUACUAGGCACUCUGUUAGUAAAUUUGCUAUGGUCAUUAGUUUAUUGUCUAAAGCUAAGAAGGAUGUUAUCAAGAGAUAUGGAUUUGGCUCUCUACUGCUUUUUGACAAGUGUUUUGUGCCUAAGAAGUUUUCUAAGUGGAUGGUGUCUCUUGUUGAGUCAAAGUUUGGAGAUCUUACUAUUCAUAGGAAGGUUAUAUCGUUGACUGCCAAAUCUGUGAAUCUUGUUCUUGGUAUUCCUAUUGGUGGUACUCCUUUUCCUUCCAAUUAUGCUACUGGCAGAGCUAUUGUUCUAUCUAAGAUUGAUAAGACUUCUUUGCCUCAAGUUUCUUUCUUUGCUGAAAAGUUGGCAGCCGAUCAUCUUACUGAUGAAGGUUUGUUUUGCGUUGGUUGCUUGAUGGUAUUAAGAGUUUCAACAAAAGGAAAGAAAGAUGGUCAGAAAAGUUUUGGUACUCUUGGUGGAUGUAUGUUCUAUCUUGCUCCUAUGUAUUUGGAUCAUGUUGACUUCUCUCAUCGUCGUGUAUCUGAUACCUUUCCUCGAAUUGGAGUUUGGAAGCAAAAUAUGAUCAGAGAUUUUUCUGAUCUUGAUAUAAAAUCUCCGUUUGGUUAUGGUAUGAGGCCUCUUCUUGAUUUUGAGAAGACAUGCUAUCACAAGCAAGAAUUAGUUUCUGAGGCUUCUGAUGUUGCUGAGUUCUUCUCUAAGCUUGAAGCAGCUUGUGGUUGUGAUGUGCCUGACAGUUUGAAGGCUAGUUUGUUGAAUGUCAUUGAAGAACAUUGCAAGGGUUGUCUUCCUUGUAUUCCUAUUGAUUUGGUCUCUCUUGGUGCUCUUCCUGAUGAUUUAAAGACCAUAUUCUCCAAAUUGAUGACUCAAGUAUAUUCAUUUAAGCAAAAGUCACUAGAAUUAGUUAUUAAGGUUUUGAAGGAGUUUACUGAUUAUGAAAGUUCUUCUGAUCCUCAUAUUGCUUCUCCUGAGAUGGCUGCUGCAUUAGGAAAUGAAAAUGGUUUUCAUCAACCUCAUGAUUCUCAGGUUAAUGUUGAGAAAGUUGAAAGAGCUUCUUCUUUGGCUAAGGAUCUCGGUGUUCCUUCAUCUUCCAAGAAGCAAGUUACAUUUGGUUUAGCUGUUCCUCCGAAUGAUCUUUCUCAGCCAUAUGAUCUUUUUCAUAAAAGUGUUCGUCGAGGUCAUCUUGUUGGGAAAUCUUCUUCUCAGUUUGUGCCUGCACAUGUUGUUGAUGAUGUAAUUCCUGUUGCUAAAGAUCAUGAUUCUGAUGUUUUAAUUGGUGGAUUGAAUUCUCCAAAUCAUUUUAGUACAGCUUCAAUUGUUAUGCAGACUCUUCCUUUUUUUGAUGAUGAGUCUCCUAAUAUAACUCCUAAGCUGUCAAAGAAGUUGCCUCCUAUUUCUCAGCUGAAAUCUUCAUCUAAGACUGGUUCUUCUGUUGCUGCUCCUGUUAAUGUGUCCUCUCCUAAAGUUACUAUUGUUGGUUCAAGAUCUCCAUCUCAGAAGCUCAGUUCAAUGGGAAAGAAAUCAAAAUUUUUGUAUAAUUCGAAAUUACAGAAUUCAAGUUCUAGUGUGCAUACUCCUCCUAAAUCUGUUUUGAAGAUUGGUGGCCAUUCAUCUUUGAUUCCCAAUUAA